CAUUAGUUAUUAGUUAGUAUAUUCUAUAGGUGUGUGGAUAUCGUUCAGUUUAACAGUAUUUGUUGUUCAUGUGGUUAUUUUUCUAUAAUUGUUAAAGAUGUCACGUAAACCUGUGUUUUUAGUUGGUUUUAUGCAAAAUCAAAUCUAUGGGGGAAAAUUACACUCUAAGAGAGAUGUUUUAAGUGUACUGUUUUAUAAUAUGAGAAUGGUAAAUCUUAAUUUACACGAAAGUGCGUCGUUGGUAAUUGACGAAUGCUUAAUCUUUUGGAAGAAAGCUCGUAUUCCUACAAAAUAUCGAUCGAACUGUAUUAUAAAAUGUAAAACAUUAUAUGAAGAUUUAAGAGCCUUGGAAAAACAUAAAACUCGAAAUAGUGAAUUUGCUAGAAAUAGAGAAAAAGAAUUCGAAGAAAAUCUAAACGAUUUAUUUGACAUCGCACAUGAUGACGCACUAAUUUUAAUUAAUUUGGAGGAAGACAAAAAAUUUUUAAUUGCACAGAGAAAAAAAGGCCGUGAAGGAUGUAUGCUUGGAGUGGACAUAAAAGGUACAAUAGCUGAAAGAAAGAAAAAAGAAAAAGAAGAACGGCAAAAAGAACGAAGAGAAAAACAAAGUUCAAAUUUUAAAUCAGUGGACAAUUUUCAAUUUAGAUCAUCUGAUUCCGAUUCUUCAGACCUUUGCGAUUGUCUUCCUAGUACAUCAAGUACCCAUGAAAACGUUCUAAUUGAUUUUGGACCACCAAAAUCGAAAAGAGGUAGAAAAGAAAUUAUGUCCCCGAGAUUGUCUGCUGCACUUGAUAAAUGCAAGGUAAGUGACAGAGAUUGUGUUCAUUUAUUAACAGCCGUUUUGGAAGCACUAGAAAUAGAUUCUAGUGAAUAUAUUAUAAAUCGAACAUCGAUUAAAAUAUCCCGGGAAAAAUUUCGACAACAGAUUUCUGAAAGGAUACGUUUGAAGUUUAACAAUUUAAAUUUAAAAUCAUUAGUGCUUCACUGGGAUUCAAAAAUAUUACCAGAUAUCACGAGAAAAUCAAAAGUUGACCGACUCCCAGUAGUUGUUACAGCACUAAAUAUGGAACAGUUGUUAGGAGUUCCCGAAAUUAAAUCUGGUACAGGUAGAGAAAUAUCUUCAGCUCUUUAUCACACUCUACAAGAAUGGUCACUUGAAGAUACAAUCCAGGCUUUUGUAUUUGAUACUACUGCAAGUAAUACAGGCAUAUUAAAUGGCGCAUGCCACCUAUUAGAACAAAAACUUGAUCGGAAUAUUUUGUACUUGGCAUGUAGACACCAUGUUUAUGAAAUAGUGUUACAUGGUGUGUUUACUACAGUAAAUUUAGUAAAUAGUACAGGCCCAGAUAUUAUUAUAUUCAAAAAAUUUAAGAAUGAAUGGAGAAAUAUUGAUCAAAAUUCAUUUUCAACAUGGUCUACUGACGAAAAUGUAAAAAAUAUUUUAAAGGGUAUUAGUGACGAAAUUUUAAUAUUUGCAAAAAAUAAAAUCAAAGACAAUCUUCCCAGAGACGAUUAUAAAGAGUUACUCGAAUUAAUAAUAAUAUUUUUAGGAGGUGUUCCUCCACAAGGAAUACAUUUUCGAGCACCUGGCGCAUAUCAUCUUGCGCGUUGGAUGGCAAAGGCAAUAUAUUGUCUAAAAAUAUUUUUAUUCCGAACACAAUUUAAAAUUACUAAAAAACAAGAAAAAGCAUUAAAACGUAUAUGCUGUUUCAUAAUAAAAUGUUAUGCAGAAGCAUGGUUUUCAUCCACAAAUGCUAUUACAGCACCUUUGAAUGAUAUUUAUUUUUUAAAAACAUUGAAUGCAUACAAAAUGGAUGACAUAGAAGUAGCAGAAAAAGCAAUAUCGAAAAUAAUAAAUCACUUAUGGUAUUUAAACGAAGAAAGUGCUGCGUUUUCAAUUUUUGAUGAACGAAUAAAUAAUGAAACUCGAAUGAAAAUGGCUCAAAAAAUUUUGCAAAAACAAGUAUCCGAAGAAAUUGCUCUUAAAAAAUAUACUGUCAAUGUUCAAGAAUUAAAUAAUUUUUUAAAGAAAGAUUUACCAUUGGAUUUAUUAGGCACAAAUUCGAUUAAAUUAUUUGAAAGAUUUAACAUUCCAAAAGAUUUUUUAGAAGUUCACCCUAAAAACUGGAAUGAUCUAGAAGGAUACCAAAAAGGAAAGGAAAUAAUUGAAUCUCUCCGGGUAGUCAAUGACACAGCAGAGAGAGGGGUGAAACUUAUGGAAGAAUUUAAUGACAAGUUUACCAAAAAUGAGGAUCAAAAGCAGUUUGUUUUACAAACAGUGCAAGAUUAUCGAAAAAAAUAUCCUGGUGCUAGUAGAGAAACACUUAAAACAUCGUUUGACUAAAAAAAUGUUUGAAAGACAG